AUGACUGUGGGAUGCAGCAAAUGGCCACAAAUGUGGACUAUUUGCCUAGUGCCGGUGUCACAGGACCAGGAGGUGGCUGUCAGAUCUUCAGAACCAAGUAUCCCUGUUGAGGAAGCAGAAGAGAAAGAGUUACAGCUAUAUUGUAGCGAAUCAGUUGAAAAACCAGAAGAAAAAGAGUUACAGAAUGGUGGCAAAUCUGAAGUUAACAUCCAGCAAUGCUGUAAACAUUGCAUAAUCCAAAAAAAGCAACAUGAACAAGUCACUCCCAGAAGAUUUCUGAAAGGACAGUUUUGCUUGAAGUUGGAUGAUGAAGGAACCUUUGAAUGUACAGCGACAGGGUUAAUUUUUGAAGUAACCAGAGCUGUCACCAUUGAAUAUUCAGUUUUGUCUUGGACCAAAUAUGCUGCUUAUGUUAAAGAUCCUUGGAUUGUUGUGGGCCCUAUAUUUGAUAUCAAAUGUACUUCUUCCGUUCUUACUUCCAUUCAGUUUCCACACACCCUCUGCCUGAAUGAUCAUUUGUCUGAGAAGGCCUUCAAAGUAUUCCAUUUCAAAAAGAAUGGUCCAGAAUUUGAAGGCUCCAUUGAUCAUUCAACCACACAUGUCAAAUGGCACGUGAGCUCACUGUCUCCAGUUGGACCAGUAAUUGAGAGAUAUGAUCCAGUUUAUUAUCAUGGGGUAGUCAUUUUAUAUAAAGUUAUCAACAAUCAUCCUUCCUUGAAAUUCCGUGUGUAUAUAGCUACAAAUAACAAUUCAUUCAUAAAGGAUAUAUCCAAAACUGUAAGACGAUCUCUUAAUAAAUUCAUUAAAAUUGAAAAACCUCCUUGUCAUAAAUUACUGCAAAAUGGAAAGAAAUACAGAUUAACUAGUGAUCCGGAAGCUGACAUAACCCCUGAGGAAAUUCAGUUUGGAGAUGACUCCACCCUGGCAGAGAAGCCUUUCUUUGAGGUAUAUUUAGAACAGCCAAUGGAACUUAUGUUAUCUUUGGUGGAUUUGGAGUCUGAAGAAGUUGUGUGGAAGGCAAAGCUCAGAGAAUCCGAUUGGACUCUACAUAAGCAGAAUGAUAAUGAGCAGGAAAAAUCUUUUAACUGUGUUGGGAAACGAAAAGCUACCACCAAACUUAAAGAUGAACUUUGCUGUAAGCGACAAAAAAUGGUAGACAUUUCAGAUGGAACAAACAGUAAUCACGUGUUAACAGAUCAUCAGCUGAUGAUUCUUGCAAUGAAAAUGGGUAAAGACUGGAAAGUCAUUGGCAUUGGAUGCCUGAAGUUGACCUUGCAAGAUAUCGAACAGAUUGAGGCAAAGGAAGAAGAUGUUAAUAUGUAUAAAUGUAUGAUGCUGCGGAAGUGGAGAGAUUCUGAACAGAAUAAUGGAACAGCCCAUAAUUUAUAUAAAUGUCUUGAUGGUCAGGCAUCCCACGAGGUGCUAGAAAUCCUGAAAGGUACCCUUGUAUCCUAUGUUUUUUUGCAGCAAACGUGA